AUGCCGCUUCUACCCCGGUUCCGCAACAUGGCCGGGAUCAUGGUGCUCUUGACGUCCCUUUGGCUAGUCCUUUUUGUAUACCACGAGCACGUGGUGCCCAUGCUAUUUGCACGCCGGUGUCUAUGGCAUCUGGUGGAGCCUGAGGCGCAAACGAACGUGCUCUUGGUGGCCGAUCCGCAGCUCAUAGAUAACCACACGUAUCCCGGGCGCAACGGCGUGUUGUUGGGCCUCUCGAAGCACACGGUGGACGUGUACUUGAAGCAGAACUACAGGGCGUUGGUCACGCAUCUUGCGCCGGACUACAUCGUGUUUUUGGGCGACUAUCUCGACAACGGCCGGCUGGCGCUGGACGCGUAUUUCGAGGCCGAGUUCCGCCGCUUCGAGCGCAUUUUCAACCGCUGGCCGGAGUACCCGCGCGGCGACCGCUGGUUCACAAACGUGGCCGGAAACCACGACAUUGGCUUUGGCGACGGCGUGAAGCUCCCGCUGCGCGAGCGCUUUGUCUCGCACUUUGGCGCUGCCAACGCGGUGCACAGCAUCAACGGCGUCGACUUGAUCGUGCUAGACUCGGUGUCGUACUCGUCCUCCAACGCGGCCAUCAGCGAGGAGGUCCGCCACUUCGUGCGCCUGCUCCCGCCGAAACAGCGCCCGAGAGUCUUGCUUUCGCACGUGCCUUUUUACAGAGACUCGGCCCAGCUCUCGUGUGGCCCGCUUCGCGAGUCCCGCGAGUUGUGGCAGAACGUGGGGUACCAGUACCAGCUGGAGUUGACGGCCGAAGUGCUGGCCGAGCUUUUGGGCCUCAUCCAGCCAGACUUGAUUUACUCGGGCGACGACCACGACUACUGUGACGUGCAGCACCUGGACGCCACGCGGGAAGUCACUGUCAAGUCCAUCAGCAUGGCCAUGGGCAUCAAGCGGCCCGCGGUGCAGUUGCUCUCAUUUUCAGCGGGCGGCGAUACGUUGAAUUACCACACGGAGAUAUGCUACUUGCCCCGGCCAUACGUCAACGUGGUCGUUUACGUGGCCCUUGCCGUGUGCUCAGGGCUUCUCUUGCUUUUCUCCAGCAUCAAGCUGCGCAGGUACGUCUAUGCCCGCGGCCAGGCGCCUAUGUCCAAGCGCAUGUCGAAGUUCUUUGAAGGCGAUGACUCGCCUGCUGCCUCGCUUGCGCCCCUCUCAAACUACACCAAAACCACACUAAGUGCUGGGGAGAAGUUGCAGCAGCAGUUUCGUGUGUGGAAAGCAGAAAUGCUUCUUACGUUGAGGAGAUGGAACCUAAUAACCUUUUUCAAGCUGUGCGCAGUGCUCGGCCUGGUGACCAUUGGCAUAUACCUUACUGUUGUCUCAUUUGUUUAG